AUGCUAUGCAGAAAUUGUGUUAUAUCCAGUGUGAAAGAUACAAGCGAAAAUCCCAGCAGCAUCUCAUCAGCUGAAGCUCCUCCCCGCUGCUUCUGCUCAGCUGGAUCUCACUCUCACAGUGCAGCUGGUUCUUCGAAAAUGAUUUUGGAGCUGGGUUUUAGAGGUGGCAAGGGCGUGAAAGGCCAAGAAGUGAAAAUUAGAGUGGCUUUCGUGGUUAUUGUUUUCAUAUGGAUUAGCCUUGCGGGUCUCUAUGCUUUGUUGAAGCCAAUAUCAAACGGUUGUGUCAUGACAUAUAUGUACCCUACAUACAUUCCCGUGUCCGCUCCAGAAAAUGUGUCGUCUGCCAAGUACGGUUUAUACUUGUACCAUGAAGGAUGGAAAACGAUUGAUUUUGAUGAACACCUUAGACAGCUUAAUGGUGUCCCUGUUCUUUUCAUACCUGGCAAUGGUGGAAGCUAUAAGCAGGUGAGAUCUCUGGGUGCAGAGUCUGAUAGGGCUUAUCAAGGAGGUCCACUCGAAUGGGACUCUUACCAAGCUUCCCCAAUUUUCAGGGAGGAAGUCGAUAUUGAUUACUCCGACAUUAAGUUACGCAGUCGAUAUGCUUCCAUGCUUGAUUGGUUUGCAGUAGAUCUUGAGGGGGAACACUCUGCAAUGGAUGGUCAGAUACUUCAAGAACACGCGGAAUAUGUAGUACAUGCCAUUCACAGGAUUUUGGACCACUACAAAGAAUCUCGUGCUACUCGAGCAAAAGAAGGCUCUUCUGUUUCUGGAAGCAUACCUAAAAGUGUCAUUUUGGUUGGUCAUUCUAUGGGCGGUUUUAUUGCUAGGGCUGCAGUUGUGCAUCCUCACUUGAGAAAGUUUGCUGUUGAAACUGUUCUGACACUUUCCAGCCCACACCAGUCUCCUCCUGUGGCAUUGCAGCCAUCCUUGGGCCACUACUAUGCACUAGUGAAUGAGGCAUGGAGAAAAGGAUAUGAGGGCCAAACCUCUCGAAGCGGACACUACCCGUCUACUCCUUCGCUUUCACAUGUUGUCAUUGUCUCCAUUUCUGGGGGUUAUAAUGAUUACCAGGUGCGUACAAAGUUAGAGUCCCUUGAUGGUAUUGUUCCGUCUACACAUGGCUUCAUGAUUAGUAGCACUGCCAUGAGAAAUGUAUGGUUGUCCAUGGAGCACCAAGUUAUCUUAUGGUGUAAUCAGCUAGUUGUGCAAGUCUCACACACUUUACUCAGUCUGAUGGACACCAAGACAGGUCAACCUUUUGGUGAUGUUAGACAAAGAGUUGGUAUAUUUACGAAAAUGCUUCAUAGUGGAAUCCCACAGACCUUCCUUUCAUCGAGGCAAUCACGACUAUCGCAAAAGUCUGACCAGGCUUCUGAUCAAAAUGGAAUAGUCAAUGCUGGGUUGCAAGUUCCCUACAUAUCUGGUUGCCCACGUGAUAGCCAAUGGAAUGAUGAUGGACUUGAAAGAGACCUUUACAUCCAAACUAGUUCUGUUACUGUGUUAGCUAUGGAUGGGAGAAGGCGUUGGAUGGACAUUCACAAACUGGGUGCGGACAGAAAAACCCACUUUGUUUUUGUCACGAAUCUUUCACCUUGUUCUGGUGUUCGACUACAUCUUUGGCGAGAAAAGGGAACAUCAACUGCAAAACUUUUAACUGACAAACGGGUUGUGGAAGUCACCUCAAAAAUGGUACACAUUCCCUCUGGCCCAGCUCCAAGGCAGAUUGAACCAGGUAGUCAGACUGAGCAAGCUCCUCCAUCUGCUGUAUUUUGGUUGAGUCCUCAGGAUAUGCACGGCUUCAGGUUCUUGACCAUCUCAGUGGCGCCUCGCCCGACUGUUUCAGGGAGACCUCCACCAGCUGCGUCUAUGGGAGUUGGACAAUUUUUCAAUCCAAAGGAUGGAGAGCAUUUAUUCUCUGCUUACCAGUUGAUUCAUUCAUUAUACUCAAAAAAGGAUGUGAAUUUGAAAGAAGAUCAUCCUCUUAUUCUCAACCAUACAUUUUCCGUUAGCUUAGGUCUUCUUCCUAUUUCUUUAGCCCUUGAAACAACUGGCUGUGGAAUUAAGAAGUCAGAAUUUCCUCUUGAAGAGUCAGGAGAUGUUGAAACUAGUACCAUUUGCAGACGUCGCUGUUUCCCACCUGUGGCUCUUGCUUGGGAUGCUACAUCUGGUCUCCAUGUAUUUCCCAAUCUGUUUUCUGAAAGAAUUAUUGUGGAUUCCUCUCCAGCACUGUGGACAUCUUCAAAGGAAUCUGACAAGACAACCGUUUUGUUACUGGUAGACCCGCAUUGCUCGUAUAGAAGUACUGUUAGUAUUUCGACCACUACUGCUGCUGGGAGAUUCUUGAUCUUAUACUUUUCUCAGAUCAGUGGCCUUUGCUUUGCUGUUGCAUUUUUUGCUCUGAUGAGGCAGGCAUAUGCAUGGGAACUUGAUCAGCCCAUACCUUCAUUGCUAUCUGCCGUUGAAUCAAACCUGAGAAUGCCAUGGCCAUUUUUCUUACUUGCCACACUGCCAAUUCUGCUUGCUGUGCUCCUUUCUUUCCUAGGCUCCCAGCCCAUUCCUCCAAUUAUAAGUUUCUUUGCAGUUUCAGUACUUUGCUACGUUUUUGCAAAUGGAGCUGUAGCCGUGCUGAUAUUAGUUUCCCUGUUGCUUUUCUAUGUGGCUGGCACUGUCCAAGUAUUUUUCAGGAAACGGUGGCACUUGUGUGAAGGAAACUUUUGCUUUUCUUUUGUCCAAUGGUUCAUGAGUAAGUCCUCCAGCUUUGCAUCUACCAAGGUGGUAAGAGUUUUAAGGGCAAAGCCUCUGCUUAUUACGUCAAUGAUUGCCAUUGCCUUGGUGUGCCUUGUGCAUCCUGCACUGGGUCUCUUUGUGUUGCUCUUAUCGCAUGCUUUUAGCUGUCACAGUGCCUUGUUCAGUUUUUUGAUGGCUUCAUUUCGCAGCCAUGUCCGGGCCAAGGAGUUCUAUGAAUCCCGAAAUGAACAAAAUAGUGGUCCGAUGCUGCAAAGUCCCAAGUAUGAUGGGGAUAUUAGUGAGCCAAUUCUAGGAAACGAGACCUGUACUGGCCAAAAUUUUCCAUGGUUUUGGGACUCUGUACUUUGCGCUGGUGUUGUGGUGCAUGGAGUAUGUGAUUCGAAACCUGAAUUCAAUUUUCAUCUGUUUCCAAUCCUGGGCAUCCCUCUCUGGGAAGUCAGGCUGAGCUUUGCAUAUCUCCUUGCCGGAUACUUUUCCUAUCUAUCUGCCUUGGCUUUAUCACCAUAUCGGGUGUUCUAUCCAAUGGCUGCAAUUGGAAUAGUUUCCUUCAUUUUCAGGAUCCUCCAAAACAGAAACAGAUCAAAGGGAGAGACUCAUUACAGGAGCAGAAAACAUUCUCACAGACAUUGA